UAUUGUAAACGAUUCUGUAUUUUUUUUUUGUUUUAUUUCCCAUAAAAAUGUCUAAACAAAAACAAGACCACAACUGUAUGACUGAUGAAUCGGUUAUUGUAACACACGUUAAUAGCCCUACACUUUUCUAUUGUCGUGUUGAACAAGAUGUUGAACGUUAUGAACAAUUAACAAAAUUAAUUCGACAACACAUCGAUUCUGAACCACAUUCGAUGCCCGAUUUGAUUAGACGAAAUUCUGUUUCUGGUUCUGUUAUUUUGGCUUUGGUAUAUUCGGAUAUUCACAAGGAUUGGUGCAGGGCCAGAUUGAUUUCGAUGAAAUGUGAUCGCAAUCAUAAACCAAUUUGUGGCAAGGUUUUGCUUAUUGAUUUUGGUUCAAUCGAAUUCGUUUCCUGGAAAUCGAAAUUCGUAUCAACAUCAACAUUAGAAAUCGAUGAUUUUAAUGAAUCUCGUGGCCUAUGUUUUCCUUGUUCACUUGAUAAUAUAAAACCAUAUGAUGAUGUCAAAUUGGAUUCGGAAAAACCGUUGCAAUAUGAAUGGACAAGCUAUGCUAAUUUCAUGUUCAAAAAGGAGACAACAAAUGGAAAAUUCUUAUUGAAAGUGAUGAAACCGGAUUUAUUGAAUGAUAAAAUUAUUGUCUGUGAUUUAUUACCCAUGAAUGAUUGUUCUAAACUGGAUGAAUUUCCUUCAUUGAGCCAAUAUCUUGUCGAUUCAAAAGUAGCUCGAUAUAUUAAUGUAUCGAAUUUUUAAUGUUUUUUUAAUUUUUAUUAUAUCAAAUGAAAACAAUUCUCAACUAAACAAUAAGAAUUUAUUUUCUU